CGAAAAAAGAAAAAGGAAAAAUCCUCCUUGAGGAACUGCAAUCCCUAACCCUAAACCCUUGACCGACUUCAGUUUAUUGACAACUUUCCCCAUUGUUUCUCAGUUUUGUUAAAUUACUGAUUCGGUUUCUUUCGGAUUACGAUCAGCCAUGGACGUUGACCAUUACAGCGUCCUGGGAUUACCUUCCGGCGAGGAAGGAGCCAGUUUAACCCCAAAGGAAAUCACCAAAGCCUACAGAGAAAAAGCCCGCGAUCUGCACCCGGAUAAACGCAAAGACGAUCCAAACGCCCAUGAAAACUUCAUAAAGCUGAAAUCAUCCUACGAAAUUCUCAUUGACGAAAAAGCCCGAAAGCUCUUCGAUGAUCUCCUUCGGGUGAAACGUGACCAGCAACGCCGUUUUGCUCAGCAGGACUCGAAACGGCGGAAAAUGAUGUCGGACUUGGAAGAUAGAGAGCGUGCCUCGUUUGCUCCGGAUCCCAGUGUGAAGGCUAAAGCGGAAGAGGAGAGAAUUGCGAGGAAAUUGAAGGAGGAGAUUGCGAGGAUACGUGCUAUGCACUCGAAUAAAGGAGCGAGUACAGGGACGGGUCCAGGUUUGAAUAAAGAGACCGUAUCGAAAGAAGGGAAUAAUGGGGCCGGAGGCGGUGUGGGGUUAAAUAAAGAGAAGAUUUUGAAGGUUUCUUGGGAGAAAAUUGGGGAGGAUUAUACAGCACAGAAGUUAAGGGAAUUGUUUUCCAGGUUUGGGGAAGUUGAGGAUAUUGUAAUCAAAAGUUCCAAGAAAAAAGGGUCUGCUCUUGUUGUCAUGGCUACUAAGGAGGCAGCUAUUGCUGCUACAGGAAGUGUUAGUGGGAGUCUAUCCAAUCCAUUGCUUGUUGUCCCUCUUAAACCAGCUGUUGUCUCAGAUUUCCCAGCUCCACAGAAAGCCGAGGAAACUGAUCUUUCCAGUAAUUUGGUUGGGGCUGGUUACCAAGCUUUUGAAGAUGCGGUUUUUCAGAAACUGACAAAGGCUGCUGAAAAACAACAAAAAUGACCAUUCAAAGGCUUUGAGGAAGAGACUCUCAAAUGCAUCAGUGGCUUAUGAUCCUCAGAAAUUCUAUGUAAAGGUACUUCAGGAAACACAUGAUCCAUGUGUUGUCAUUUUAUUUUCAUUUGCGAAUAAGGGAUGGUUAGUGUUUAUGUUUAUUAGUUACUGGCAAUCAUAUUUCAGCUACAUGUGCACAAAUCCCAGUCAAGCUUGUGAUUCACUUGACAAUGGCGCUUUGAUGGGAGCACAGUUGUUAUUAGGGGCUCUGGAUGACCCCUUUCCUUGAUUCAAAGUUCACAUUUAUAUCACUCAGCUGCUGAAUCGUGAAUUCUUGGACCCUAGAACCAACAGAUUAACAGUCAUCGUGGAUAAUCACAUUGUAGAAAAACGUUCCAAUGUCUUCUUUCAACAUUAUGCAUAACUUUUAAGUGCGAAGGGUUGGCAUUGGAAUUUGUUUUGCCUGUUAACUUUUCAACUCCAAGCUUCGAUGAUUAGAGCCUGUAUUUCUUUUAUCUAGCUCAAGUCCAAGAUUUAUUUCUUAUUGAAUUUCUGGCAACUAGAUUAAUAAAUGUAUAUGGUAUAGAGCCGGUUAAAUUUAUGAGAAUCAUUCUUAUCUUGGUA